GCCUCUGGGUUCCUAGCCACUCCUAUAUACAUGGUAAUGAUAUCGCUGAUAUGUUGGCCAAUCAAGGCAGAUAUAAGGUUGGUCCUCCUAUCAUCCCGGGUGGACCUAGAGAACUGUGGCCAGAAUUCCGUAGGGAACUAAAAAACACCUGGAUUAACGAUUUUUAUCAGAUCUGUGCCCUGAAAGGGCGUGUCUAUGCGUUAUAUGCCUCUCGCAACACCUUUUUGGAUGAUCCCUGGUUUUCGAAAAUCAACCGGCCACGCCGUUUCUUCACGGUCGUUCUACGUUUGAGAUCCGGUCAUUGCCUUACGCCAUCUUACCUUCAUAGAAUAGGACUUAAAGAGUCAAACUUAUGUGAUUGUGGUGAGUUGACCUAACCUGGGAUUGGAACUCCAAGACUCCUGAUGCCCCAGGACCCAGGAAUUAGGAAUAAGAAGCAAUACUACAACACAGAGAUUGGGUGCAUAGUCUUUCAGGCUGAGCCCAUAUUCAGGCCUUUUCAGUCAAGGGCAUCACUGGCUGCUGAGUAGUCUGCUUGAGAAUCAAGAAGAAGAAUAACCU